UCCUGCGCCUUUGUUGUCAGACGGUAGCAAGGCGACUGUUUACCCUUCGAGCUAGCUAACCUGCUCAGUUAAACAGGAGCAAUAUCAACAUAUGAAAUGUUUAGGAUUACGUUUUGACGUAACUGAAUCAUCCCAAAAGUGGAUGUAAUUAAUUUGAAGACGUCGCCACCGAAGAGGAAGUUUGACACCACCGAGAGUACACAUGUCGUCUGCAGCAGAGACGGUGGAAAAUGCCUCUAUUAUUUCAGAGAGCAUGGCCCAUGAUGGAAACCGCUUGUGGAUAGGCAACAUCGAUCCCAAAAUCACAGAGUACCAUCUGGUGAAGCUGUUGGAGAAGUUUGGCAAAGUGAAACAGUUUGACUUCUUGUUUCAUAAAUCUGGGCCUUUGGAGGGACAACCACGAGGCUACUGCUUUGUCAACUUCAGCACCAGAGAGGAGGCAGAAAGGGCGAUCCAGUGUUUGAAUGGGAAGCUAGCUUUGUCCAAGAAGCUGGUCGUGCGCUGGGCGCACGCUCAGGUGAGGAGGUUUGAAGGUUUCCGUAAUGACAAGACGAUGCCUCCGAGCCUGGAACCAUCGUGCAGCGGUGCAGGAGAGGAAGGAACCAUAACAACCAACCACCUCAGCACGAGUGCUAAGAUCCGUGCCAUCGAGGCCAAGCUCCAGAUGAUGGAGGAGAAUCCAGACGAUGACUACUCGGGCCCGUCGGCCUACGUUUACAACAAACCGCCAGAGAGGAAACGCUGGGAGCCCUACUCUAAAUCACACCACAACAACCAGAGCAGGCCCUUCCGCAAGUUUAGGAGAUGACCCAUCCUCCCACUUAUUCUGGAGAUCCCCCCCUCUUUCACUUCCCCUCCCUCCUGGUAUCUGCACCUCUGCCCCCCGCCUCCACGUAAACAGCCUCUACACUAGAUGCUAUACAGACUACACACAUCCUAUCUGGGAGUAAAAGAGUUUGAUCCAGGUGAGCAGCUAUACCCAGACUGUUUGGGAAUGACCACAGCGAUCGUGGACAAAUACCCAAAGUGGUUUAUUUUUUAGUUUUUUCAGGUGUUAUCAGUUAUUACCCUGUCAGAUAUAUGGACCAUGUCUGACUUGUGUGCAGGUUGGGAGAUUUAACAGGUGAUUCACAGAGAAAUGCUAUUGUUAAGGAGUCUAAAUGCUGUUUGUUUUUGUCUGCUUCACAUCACAUUAUUUAAGUUUUUCUUUUUUUAGGAGGGAGGGGAUUGGCCUUACUUUUACCUUUAUUUAAGGUGUGUAAUUAAUUGGUUUGUGUUAUUGGAGUGCAGAUAAUAAGCCACAAAGCCACUCAGCGACACUUACUGUGAGUUGCGCUAUUUUUUGUGUGUGUGUUCCUUGUUUUGUUUUUGUUUUUCUCCCCCCUAAUGGUUUGCUGGUUUUUCUUGGAUCCAGUUUUUAUAAGACUCUUUUUACUGACUUUUGUGUAGUGUGUAGAUUUUUUUUUUUUUGGUAUUUCCCUGGUCACAGUCUUAUUAUUUAAAUUUUUCAAUUAAAGCUAAAUAAUCACACCUUUAAAGUGUUUUUUUCUAAUGACAGAUUUUCUAUAUCAUCAUUAAAAUUGAGGAUUAAUUUUUAGGAGUUUCAGUACUGAUUAAUUUAACCCUCGGUGUAAGCUUUUCUCAAAAAUAUGUUAAACUAGCUUCAUGCACUUAUCCAUCAUGAUCCAGAAUAGAUGAAAAAAAAUCUAUGAAGACCUGAAAUAUCACUGAAUUUUUAAUAACCACAAACCUAACUUUAUAUAUAAUAUCUGAUCAUUUGGUUUUUGUAGCAUUUUGGGGCUCUGCUUUAAUUUUUUCCCCAGACAUGAUGAAUAAUAAAUAUUUAAGUAUUUUUUUGCAGUCUACUAAAAGUCCCUGUAAAUAGCUGUGACAUUUUGUAGGCCUUUUUUGUAUACGGGUCUGUUUCAAGGUUGUAAUUCAUUUCCAUGUGCUGUCAUAAUGGAGCGCAGUGCUUUUCAUGUGAUCUGAGAUGUUCUUUCCUGCAGGUGUGAAGCUAUAAAACCCCCCAAAAAGAUGAAAUAUGUUGGCGACCUUGUAGUCUGAAUAUGUCAUUGUGAGUUUACCGAUCAAAUCGCAGCAGAGAAGGAGAUCAGUAGACUCAAUUUCGUGCGCAGCGAUGAACCAAAUCCUACCUCUUGACGUUUAUCGAAUCAGUUUGUUGUUGUAAAAUCAUCCACCCGAUGCCGGAUUAUUUCUGAUGUCCAUUAGAGCAGAUUAAUGAAUUCUUUUCAGUGUCUGUAUUUAUCUGUUUUCAAUAAAAAGGCCUAUUCGUUCAAAUAUAA